AUGUCAUCUCACAGUACUGAACAAAAUGUAAUGGGAGAUGAAAACUACAGACAAUCCAGUAGAAGGGAACGGAGAUCUUUUUCAUCGGCUAUGACAUCGUCAUCAUCUGCUACUUUAACAUCAGGACUACUACCUGAAAACAGUACAGAGCCAUUUUCAGGUGUACCUUUUGAAGCAAUCCCAAGUUCUAUUGUAUCAUUUCAUCAUCCUCACUCCCUACAAUCGAGCAACUUCUUGGGCACAUCUGUAACGUCACAUAACAUAGAACUACAUGGGAGUAGAUUAUCAGAUAAUGUCCCACUGAUUGAUCGCCCCCGAGGGGGUUCAACCAGUUCGCAACGUAGUCCACAUUUCAAUUUCUUCACAACAGAACAGAUUAAUAAUGCCGAGGGGGCCUCUACUUUAGAGCAUACCGAUUAUAAUACAGAAUGGGAUCCUAUGCCUGCUAAUGAACAACAACGUUUAUUUGGGUCAGAGAAUGCAUCCAGAAGGUCUUCGCUCUAUAGUGCAUCACCAAGAUCAUCAUUAUCAAAUAAUAGUCAGUAUGGGACGCCUAGUUAUAAAGGACACCCUUUAACAAGAACUGGGCCUGCUCAUAAACAACAGCAAGUUUCGACAGAUCCGAUGUCACAGGUAUCAACACAUUCUUCUUCAAGUUCAUCUAGAUAUACUAUAAGAGAUAGAAUUCCAACAGAAUUAGAAGGAAAUCUAGAUGAUUUUUUAGAUACGAGAUCAGCUUCUGCACCUUUACCAUCUCCAGAAAAUGAAGGAGUGUCUGAUGAAGACUCUGAAAUUAUUUCCUCUGAGGAAGAGUCUGGACAACAUCAUAAGAAAACUGGACAUCAAGACGAAUUUUUAAAGCCCAUAUAUCAUGAGAAAUUUUAUCCAAAUCUUAAAGCUGAAGAAAGACUCCAAAGAUUUUAUAUUAGUGAGGAAGAUUUGGUUAUUGGUAUUGCUGGUUACAAGAACUCUCAUUUGGGAAUUUUCAUAUAUCGUUUAAUAUGUAUAUUAACGUUUGGUUUGUUUUACUUAUUAAUGUUAUGGUUACCUUCAAAGAAAGUUAAACUUUGCGGUGAAAGAUGUCCUCUAGGUAAAGCCGAAUGGGUUGUUAUCGAAAACGAGUUUGGAGAGAUACAAAUUGAACCAGUUCAAAGAUGUUGGUACAACAGGCCUCUCAGUACCAUACUUCACAAUGAAAGUCACGCCGCUGAUAAUUUGGAUAGAGAGAUAUAUCAUCAUCAUGCUAGUGAAAAGAAUCCGAAUAUUCCUGUUUUGAUAUACUUCCAUUAUAGGUAUAUCAAGUUUAUAUACUCACCAUUUGGAGACAUCUUUAGAACAAAUAACAAUUGGGCGGAUCCAGAUUGGAUAGAUCUAAAUACAGUGUAUGCUGGGUUGCCGGCUGCUAUCCAAGAAGACAGAGUACUUGUGUUUGAUAAAAAUCAAAUUGAUUUAAAAACUAAAGGUAUAUCAGAGUUAUUAUGGGAUGAAGUUUUGCAUCCGUUCUAUAUUUUUCAGAUUUUUUCAAUUAUUCUGUGGAGUUUGGAUGAGUAUUACUAUUAUGCGGCUUGUAUAUUUAUAAUUUCCAUUAUGUCCAUUGUAGAUACACUUUUCCAAACUACGAAAACCGCCAAGAACUUGGCAGAAAUGUCACAUUUUGACUGUGAGGUUCGUGUCUUUAGGGAAGGUUUUUGGAUCACUGUUAGCUCGAAGGAUUUGGUACCAGGUGAUGUGUAUGAAGUAUCUGAUCCACAGUUAACUGUAUUUCCAGCAGACUCUAUACUUUUGUCAGGUGAUUGUAUUGUUAAUGAAUCAAUGUUAACUGGUGAAUCUGUCCCAGUUACGAAACUUGCGGCGAAUGAAAUGAUCAUUGGCCAAUUAAUCCAGGAUUUCCAAGAUACCCAGAUUUCAAGUUUUGUCUCAAAAUCGUUCUUAUUUUGUGGUACAAUCAUUAUUAGAUGUAAGAUUUCGAAGGGACAAACAUCUGCCUUAGCUAUGGUUGUACGUACUGGGUUUUCAACAACCAAAGGUUCAUUAAUUAGAUCCAUGGUUUUCCCAAAACCCGUCGGUUUUAAAUUUUACAAGGAUUCCUUUAAAUAUAUUGGUGUCAUGACGAUAAUUGCGCUGUUAGGUUUCUUCUUUAGUUGGUUACAAUUUAUGAAACUUGGUUUAGAUAAGAGAACUAUGAUAUUACGUGCUUUGGAUAUAAUUACUAUUGUCGUUCCUCCAGCCUUACCUGCAACGUUGACAAUCGGUACAAGUUUUGCCUUAAGCAGACUAAAAAAGAAGGGUAUCUUUUGCAUUUCUCCAACAAGGGUUAAUAUUGGUGGGAAAGUAGAUAUUAUGUGUUUUGAUAAAACUGGUACAUUGACUGAAGACGAUCUGGAUGUUUUGGGGGUUCAAAUUUGUGAACCAAACAGUCGUAACUCUUAUGCAUUCGGUGAACUUAAAAAUGAUAUACACACAGUUUUCCCUAAAUUUUCUUUAAAUGAUUGCAAUUCACCUACAGAUAUUAGAAAUAGAAACUUCCUAAUGUCAAUUUUGACGUGUCAUUCUCUUCGGGUAGUAGAUGGGGAAUUGAUUGGUGAUCCAUUAGAUUUUAAAAUGUUUCAAUUUACUGGGUGGUCUUAUGACGAAGAUUUUCAAAAUCAAACAUUCCAUUCUGUGUAUGAAGAAAGACAUGAAGAUUCCGUGUUUCCUGAAAAUCAAGAUAUAAUACCUGCUGUCGUGCACCCAAAUAAUGAAGACAAAAAUAGUAAAUUUAUUGAGAAUGAUCCCAAAAAUAUCCUAGGUAUUAUUAGAAGUUUUGAAUUUCUUUCUGAAUUGAGACGUCUCAGUGUAAUUGUAAAACCUAGCAGUGAUAAUGUAUACUAUGCAUUUACAAAAGGUGCGCCUGAAGUUAUUGCUGGUAUUUGUAACAGAAAUACAAUUCCACAUGAUUAUGAACAACAAUUGUAUGAUUACACACUUGCCGGUUAUAGAGUUAUUGCAUGUGCCGGUAAAAUUUUACCAAAGCAUACUUGGUUGUAUGCUAAAAAGGUUUCAAGAGAGGAAGUUGAGACGAACUUAGAAUUUCUAGGAUUUAUCAUUUUUGAAAAUAGACUAAAACAAGCAACACCCAAAACUCUUUCUGUAUUAAGUGAUGCAAAGAUUAGAACAGUUAUGUGUACCGGUGAUAAUGUGUUGACUGCUGUUUCGGUAGGAAAACAGUGUGGAUUAAUCCAAGAAAAUCUUGUUUAUCUUCCGUAUCUAUGUGACCCAGGUGAACAGCAUCCAAUUAUUUGGAGAGAGUUAAACGAUCCAGAUAAUAUAUUAGAUCCAGUAACAUUAACCCCAAAAGAUUGUAACACCUCAGAAUACACAAUGGCUGUUACAGGUGAUAUAUUCCGUGUAAUAUUCUCUAAUGAAACAAAUUUCUCGCAAACCUAUCUAGAUAAUGUUCUACUCAAGUCAUCUGUGUAUGCAAGAAUGUCCCCAGACGAAAAACACGAAUUGGUUGAACAGUUACAAAAGCUUGAUUAUACUGUUGGGUUUUGUGGUGAUGGUGCAAACGAUUGUGGUGCUCUUAAGGCUGCUGAUGUUGGGAUAUCAUUAUCUGAAGCAGAGGCAUCGGUUGCUGCGCCCUUUACUUCUAAGAUAUUUGAUAUCAGUUGUGUUAUUGAUGUAAUGAAAGAGGGACGUGCAUCUUUGGUUACAUCCUUUUCUUGUUUCCAGUACAUGAGUUUAUAUUCUGCAAUUCAAUUUGUCACCAUUUCGAUCCUAUAUAGUAGAGGUUCGAACCUGGGUGAUUUCCAGUUUUUGUACAUCGAUCUGUUUUUGAUUAUUCCGAUUGCCAUCUUUAUGUCAUGGUCAAAACCAUAUCACAAACUUACCAAAAAGAGACCAUCUGCCAAUUUAGUAUCGCUUAAAAUUUUAAUUCCGCUCUUUAUUAGUUUUAUUAUUAUACUUAUAUUUCAGAUUGUUCCUUGGAAAAUGGUUCAAGGCAAAGAAUGGUAUAUUAAACCUGUUGUAGGUGGAGAUGAUGCUGUUCAAUCAUCCGAUAAUACCAUUUUAUUUUAUAUAUCAAAUUUCCAGUAUAUUUUGGUAUCAGUUGUACUAUCGGUGGGACCUCCUUAUAGAGAACCAAUGUUAAAGAAUGUGGGGUAUAUAGUGGAUAUUUUGGCGUCUAUUUUUGCUAGUAUUGUUGUGAUGUAUAUCCCUAUUCCUUCUUGGGCAGGUGAAUUAUUCCAACUUACUGGUGUCUCAAAUAGUAUGAAGAUAUUUGUCCUCAUCUGGGCAUUUAUUAAUUAUUAUGCCCAAUUAAUUAUUCCACCGCUAGUGAAGCCUUACUUUAAGAAGAGGAAGAGCAGUAAAAGGUAUAAAAAUAUUAUAAAAGAGGAGUUAAACAGUUAUAUUGUUUAA